GGAAUAUUACACAUAUUAUUUGUAACAUUUCAAUAUUUCCAUAGAAUAUAUUAACAUUAUAAUUUUAAUUAAAGAAGAAUAUUCGUCGUCAUUGUCAUCAUCACCAUCAUCAUCAUGUCUAGUGGUAUUAGUUUGGUUAGAUUAUGCAUGUUUUGUUUGAUGAUGAUCCAUGGAGUUUCGAGUGCAACAAACUAUGGAGAAGCUCUUAGAAAGUCAUUGUUAUAUUAUGAAGCUCAAAGAUCUGGAAAGCUUCCUCCCAACCACAGAGUGCAAUGGCGUGGUGAUUCUGGCCUUCGUGAUGGAACUGGUUCUGGAGUAGAUCUAGUUGGAGGAUACUAUGACGCAGGGGACAAUGUGAAGUUUGGAUUCCCAAUGGCAUUCACAAUAACAAUGCUGUCAUGGAGCGCAGUGGAGUUUGGAAGGCAACUUGAAGCAAAGAAAGAGCUUGCAAAUGCAUUGGAUGCUAUAAAAUGGGGAACAGAUUAUUUGAUAAAAGCUCAUCCACAGCCUAAUAUUUUGUACGGACAAGUUGGAGAUGGAGAUUCGGACCAUGCUUGUUGGCAGAGACCGGAGGAUAUGACCACUCCUCGUCCGGCCUACAAGAUUGACGAGGCACAUCCUGGAUCGGAUCUUGCUGCUGAAACUGCUGCUGCUCUUGCUGCUGCUUCCGUUGCUUUCUCUUCCUCCAAUGCUAAAUAUUCUUCACAGCUUCUCACCCAUUCCAAACAGCUCUUUGAUUUUGCUCGAAACCACGUUGGUCUAUAUCAAAACAGCAUUAACGUAGCUGGGGCAUUCUAUGCCAGCAGUGGAUAUGAGGACGAAUUACGUUGGGCUGCUGCAUGGCUUCACCGGGCAACCAACGACAAGAAAUACCUAGAUUACCUGGGAGGAUCGGGCAAUACCGGCGGUGCAAGAACGGUUUUCUCGUGGGAUGAUAAGUUCGUUGGGGUACAGGUUUUGGCUGCAAAGCUGGUAUUGGAAGGCAAAGUUGAAGCAUCAGGCAGUUGGAGUGGAUACAAGAGCCAGGCUGAACAAUUCAUAUGCAACUGCAUUCAAAAAGGGAACGGCAAUUUCAAGAAGACUCCUGGUGGUUUGCUUUGGUUCCUGCCUUGGAAUAAUCUUCAGUAUACUGCAACUGCUACAUUCAUUGUUACUGUCUAUUCCACUUACUUGGAUUCCAAGAAAUCUUCAAUUGCUUGCUCUGGUGGGAUGGUUAAGUCCUCUGAUCUUAUUGCCUUUGUCCAAACACAGGUGGACUAUAUAUUGGGUGCAAAUCCACAAAAGUUGAGCUAUAUGAUUGGAUUUGGGUCAAAUUAUCCUAAACAACCUCAUCACAGAGGAGCAUCCAUUGUUUCAUUUAAAGAGGAUCCAACACCAGUUUCAUGCAAAGGAGGGUUUGACUUGUGGUUCAACAAAAACUCGCCCAAUCCAAAUGUAUUGGAAGGGGGACUUGUGGGUGGACCGGAUGAAAAUGAUGGAUACUCCGAUUCAAGAUCUAACUUCCAAUUGGCUGAACCUACCACAGCUACUCCUGCUCCACUUCUUGGCGUUCUGGCUCGCCUUGCGUGAUGAUGACUCACUAUAUAUAUAUAGAGAAUUUUGUUAUAAUGGGCAUCCACAGGCCAAUUGAUUAUAGUAAUUUAUGAGGUUCUGAAUUACAUGUAGUCAAGCAUCAUUUUCAUUAUAAGGUAGGCGUUAUGCUCAUCAUAGCAAAAUUUUUUAUGUAUACCCAAGAUUGUGAAGAAUUUCAUCUGCUUUGGAUCACAUUCUUAUUGUACUCAAUUUACUCCACAUUCAAUAUGAAGCUU